UAUUCUUCUGUCAUCCACCGACAUAACCUAAAAACAUUGUUUUCGUAAAUUUCGGGUUUGGUCUGUAAAUGCUCAGUUUCUUAAAAUGAACCUAUCUCUUGUUAGAAAUCUCAUAAGAAGUUCCGUCGCAUUGUGCUAUCGCUCUCAAAAUGGUGCUAGCAUCUGUGCAGUGACAGUAAAUAGAAGAGAAAUCCAUACCACAAAUUGCAAUAAUGAUUUGAUGGAAUUCUUUGAUUCAAAGAAGAAUUGGGGGGAAACUAACAUUAGAGUAGGCAGAGCAUGGAGAUUGGACGAGCUAAGGAUAAAGUCUAAUACAGAUUUGCAUAAACUUUGGUAUAUAUUGUUAAAAGAAAGAAAUAUGCUUUACACAAUGGAACAUGAAUGUAAAGAACAAGUUCGUCUCUUCCCAAAUCCUGAAAGAAUUGACAAAGUAGAAGAAUCUAUGAAUAACAUAGAAACUGUGAUCAGAGAAAGAAACACUGCCUACUACAAACUAGAGACUGGAGAAACUGGUGAGCGACCUGUGGAGGAGGUUAUAAAUCUUAUUGGUCUACCUGAAAAAUAUGAGAAGAAAGAAUACUUCAUACCGAAGUUUAUGAAUAAUCGCUGGGUGCGAUCUUACUUAAAACACGGGCUCAUUAAUUCCUUUGCUGUCAAGAAGUUCUACAGAUUAUAUAAAGAGAAACAAUAUAAUGAGGAACGCAAGGCUCGCAAUCGAGACCAUAACGAGGUCCAACAGUUACUAAAGAGGUUCCCUGAUAUGGAUUUGGAAGCAUUAAAAGAGCAGUACCCCAAAGUAGACAUUCAAAGAGCUAUGCGUUCUAAGAAAGCUAGAGGACAUUACAUCCCUAAGUAUUAAACAAUUGUACAACUUGGAGAUUGUUUUAUUUAUAAAAUAGAUACAUUGAUUUAGUAACAAUUUUUGUGAAAUAUUACGAAAAUGGUAAAAUAAAAUAAUUAAUAUGUU